CUGUGUUGUAUUUGAUUUGUCCUCGGAUGAAGGGAUUUACGGUCCCACUUAUUUCGGCUCGUAAAUAGCAGAUCUGAGGUCAGCUCUUGCGGAUUGUUUCGAGCGUUUGUCAUGUUGCUGUGCAGACUGAAGCGCGCGCAAGGUGGAGGUGGAGUUUCGACUCGGUUUCUACGGCGACCUGCCGCUUGUAAAUAGCGUGUUUUCUUCUCCAUGCGAACUCAAACAGUUUGUUGUUGUACGCGGACACACGGCUACAUCUGUCGUCAGAUUCACUCAACACAAAACUUAUUCGCUUAUGUGACACAUUUCGAUCUCAGGAAGUUGCGCUUUGUGUACGUUUUUUUUUAAUCGUGAAGCAAAUAUUUGUGACAUUGAAAGAUCAACAUCAAGGUGAAACAGUAUCUUAAGUGUGUUCUGCUGGUGUCACAGAGAUGGAGAAGUAUGAGAAGAUCAGCAAGAUUGGUGAAGGCUCGUACGGCGUCGUGUUCAAAUGCAGGAAUAAAGACACCGGACAGAUCGUCGCCAUCAAGAAGUUUGUAGAAUCUGAGGAUGAUCCCAUCAUUAAGAAAAUAGCGCUCAGAGAAAUCCGCAUGCUGAAGCAACUGAAACAUCCAAACCUGGUGAAUCUGAUUGAGGUGUUCAGAAGAAAGAGAAAACUGCACUUGGUGUUUGAGUACUGCGACCACACUGUCCUAAAUGAGCUGGACAGAUACCCACGAGGUGUUCCAGAGCACAUGGUUAAAAGCAUCAUCUGGCAAACACUUCAGGCUGUGAACUUCUGCCACAAACAAAACUGUAUCCACAGAGACGUGAAGCCUGAAAAUAUUCUCAUCACCAAGCAUCAGGUCAUCAAACUUUGCGACUUUGGCUUCGCCAGGAUCCUCACGGGUCCAUGUGAUUAUUACACGGAUUAUGUAGCGACGCGGUGGUACAGAGCUCCAGAACUGUUAGUGGGAGACACACAGUACGGCCCGCCAGUAGACGUCUGGGCAGUGGGGUGUGUGUUUGCAGAGCUGCUCUCUGGCGCCCCCUUAUGGCCGGGCAAAUCUGAUGUAGAUCAGCUGUAUCUGAUUAGGAAAACUCUGGGCGAGUUGAUUCCUCGACACCAGCAGGUGUUCAGCACUAACCAGUUCUUUAGCGGAGUUUGUGUCCCGGAACCACAGGAGACGGAGCCUCUUGAACUAAGGUAUCCAAAUCUGUCGUACCAGGCACUGAGUCUGAUGAAGGGUUGUCUGCAGAUGGAUCCGGCUGAAAGGUUGUCCUGUGAGCAGUUACUGGAACAGCCAUACUUUGACAGUUUGAGAGAGGAGAAUGAGAGUGUGACGCGUGAACUGGACCGAAAGCGGCGCGUACGCCAGCCACGGAAACACCUGCCUCCUGGGUAUCUGCCUCAGUUGGCCAGCAGUACUGUCUUCCCAGCCGUGGAGAACAGAAAAUACAACAACAACCUGCGCAAAUUCAACUGUCAUCUGCCCAACAUAUGAUGGACGCCGACUCAUCAGGAACCCGAGAACAGAGCGUCCACCUCCCAGCUGGUGUGUAAGAUAGACAAAGGGCUCUGCUCUGCCUGUAGAACAAUGAUGUCACACUGCCAAAGCAAACACUCACAGAAGCAUUUCUGUAAUAUGAAAAAUGACAGCAUUAGCUGUAAAGCAUUCAAAUUGGAUCUUGUGCUGUGCUUGAUAUUUUGAUUAGAAACUGACAUCAGUGCUAUAGAAGAGUUUGCUCUGUGGGACAGAUUUUUUUAGAUUAUUAGAUACAGAUAUUUUUCUCCAUUAUAAACGCUAAUGAUGCUUCAUGUAUGUAUGCAUGAAGUGUUUAUAUAUGACAAUAAUUUGUAAAAACGUAACCAGGCACAAAACAGAAUCUGCAGACUUUUCUGUGGAGAAAGACUUUGAAACUCUGCAGAAUGCUUUUUUUUUUUUCCGUAAAAAGUGUAAAACGGAAUUGUGAUUUGCUUAAAGCAAAUUAGCCAAAAUAUUUAAGAAAUGAACACAAGGGUUUGAGGAUGUGUAGAACUUGUAGAGAAAUCUGUGGCUCUUUCCCUGUUAAUUAAUUACCCAAUUGUGGACUUAAUGAUCUUUAUCGUUGCCUUUACGACUGGUGCUAAUAAUUGAGCCACUGUCUCGCACCAAAUGCCAAAUUUGAGAGACAUGAGCAAACGUGUGUUUUUUGCGUUGAGAUGUAUAGAUGUAAAAUUAAAUUGUUUUUGUUUGUUUUCAGACUAAAUCAUUAAAGAUCUUUCUGCAACAUA